GGGAACAAUGUGUCCGGGAAUGCGCAGUUCGGUUGGAAUAGGAAACUGGAAUAUAAAUUGAAAAUAUAAGCUCUGAGCAUUCCAAAUCUUGAAAAACUAUUUAUUGGAAGUAGCCAAACAGUCAAAAUGUCUAUAAUAACUGCGCUAUUUAUCAAAUAUUUGUUGCAAUAUCUAGCUCAAUCCCACGCAUCUCUAAUAUCUGAACCAGAUUAUAAUACCCCGGAUCAACUUAUAACUUUAGGUCGGAUUCUUUUUUUUUUGAUGCGGAGUUACUUCUUUUUGGUAGCCCAAAACAUUACUUCGUGGUGAUAAAUUUAAAACUUUAGCACGUCCGUAUUGGAUUGUUUGCAUUGUUCGCACAAUUAAUCAAAUGCUAACAUACUUUAGUUCAUCAGGAUUGUAGUUGAUACAUAAGCUGCAGAAAAUGAAUUACAAAAUGAAGAUUACACCUGUUUUGCUCCUUUGUUGCUUUAUGGUAGCAAAAGCUCUACAGUUUGAAGAAUUUGACUACAACGAAGAUUUUGAUGAAAAUCUUUUGGACUUUUUGGACAAAAAAAAUAUUGAAGCUGAGAUCGACCGCGAUUUUGACGAUGAUGCAGACUUGGAACAAGAUCUUGAAUCAAAUUUAGAAGCCGAAUUCGAACGUGACUUUGAGCCUGAUUAUGAAAGGGAUCUAGAGAAAUCAGAUUCGGAGAAGAAGAGUUUUUGUGAAGUGUAUAAUUUAUGUGAGAAAGAAGGAGGCGAGUUCAAAAUUGGAUGUGCAAAGUUUGGGCAGGAUUAUGUACACAACAAUGUAUUCCCUAAUGUCUGGCGUAAGUUAAUUGCAAAUUUAAAUUGAAAAUUGUCUGCAUCCGACUGCAGCUUAUCGAAAGUUUAUUGCGAGAUCAUAUUUUUGCCUGCGAUCACAACGAUCGGU